CAUUUGCAUCAGUGUUGUGACAACAGUCGAACAAGAUGAAAGGUUUUGUGCUAAUCCUGGUUGUCGUGCUUCUUGCGUACACGUGCGCUGCCCCACAUAACUAUGGCAGUGUAACAGGCGGGAACGACAGUUUCGUAACAGGAGAAUUGUCAAACUCAAACAUUGGAAGUGACUCAUUACCUAAGCCAGGGAACUCAUUGCCUAAAGGGAAUGGCGCGUUUAGUCCGGGGGACGCUCAAAGGGAAAGUGUCGCUUCGGGAGGACCCGUGUCAAACGCAAGCAAUGGAAGUGGCCCGUUUACUGAUCCAGGGGACGCUAAAAGACCGUGUAAUUUUUUCCAAUCUCUGUUCAUGGGUUGCUGAAUGUACCAUAAGGAUUCUGUGAGAAAUGGUGAAACUAAAAACCGUAUUUGAAGUGAUAACUUGUUAUAAGCACAUAUUUAUAAAACACCAAUGUAAUGUAGGAAAAUGUUUAUAAUGUAAACAAAAAAUGAAAAUAAACGAUUAUAUAUA